AGUCGCGCUGCUCCUUGCGCUUGGCUUACUUUUUGUGAUGGCGUCGGUGGUCGUGUUCUGUGAUGUGUGAUACAAACUGUUUCUCGUCAAGUUAACAUUAUUUUCUAGUUUUAGAUAAUUAGUUAGUGAUAAUAUGAUAUAUGUAGUUCUUAUGAAAUUAGUUUUAAAGUUGUGAUAAUGGCAGCCAAGUCCACCGAUUGGAGGCCGGGCCCAACGGUUUGUCGAUGCUGCCUUUCCGAGGGAUGCUACAAAGAUAUUUCUACUGAAUAUUUUUGGAUGGGCAAGAGGGAAGUGUAUGCAGAAAUGCUUUUAGAUGCAUUUAAUCUCACUAUAUCUUACUCACAAUCUGGUGGUCCGAACAGCAACAGUCGGCUCAUUUGCGAACCAUGCAUCUCGAGGCUACGGGACGCGUCCGACUUCAAGAGGCAAGUGCAAGAGUGCGAGAAGACAUUCAUGCAGUACCUCGACCCUGGAAUAUCGUCCCUUACCGAAGUCGAAGUCCCAGUGGAACAGUUGGAGUCCCAAGUGAAAUUGGAGCAAGUCAAGGUGGAGAAACUGGGUAGCGACGACGGCGACUUCGACGACAGGGCGGACUUUGACGACGACGAUGACGAUCUUGAUGAUCAACCUCUAACAAAGUUAGCGAGCAAAGUGCCCAAGAGAGAAUCAGUAGACCUACUAGAUCUGCUAGAUAAUGCUAAAGCUGCCGUUAAGAGGAAAUCCACAGACAAAGCUAAAGCUGGACCGGCGAAAAAGAGCAAGACCACAAGCAAGAAGGAGGCGAAACCAACGAGCAGUAAAACUGUCAAAAUAGAGAAGAAGAAAAAAGCGGAUCGCUUCGACCCUGUGCGGGCGAACGCUGAGCUGAUAGUCCGGUACACCACAGCGUAUCCGUUCCGAGUCAAUGAUAAGUCGAUAUUAUGCGUCUACUGCCACGAACUUUACGAUGACCCCGAAGUGUUCAGAAACCACAUGGACGAGGAACACACGGCGUUCAAUAUAAAAGUAGCAUUCCACAAUUUGCCAAAGCCGGAAUUCAUUAAGGUGGACUUGACUAAUCUCAAAUGCAGGAUCUGCGUGGAGAAAUUUGACGAUCUCGACGCCAUAGCGAAUCAUCUCUCGAAUCACAACCAGAAGAUUAAUUUCAAACACAAAAUAGGGGUUAUGCCUUAUUAUUUGCAAAAGGACAGUUUCAACUGUGCCGUUUGCGGGAAGAACUUCCCGUCUUUGUUCCACCUCAAUAGGCAUACCAUAACGCAUUUCCUGAGUUAUGUCUGUCAUGUGUGCGGCUCUAGUUAUAUAGCGACUACCGGUUUGCUCAGACACGUUAGAUCUAAACAUCAAGAUUACGAAGUUACAUGUAAGAAGUGUGGGAAAGUUUUCCCCACGAUGGAGGCUAAGGAGAAACACCGUAGACAGGAGAAGUCGUGCAUGCCUUACUGCUGUCCGAAAUGUAACGAGAGAUUCUUGGAUUGGAAGUCGAGGAAACGCCACAUGGAAACUGAACACGGGCAGUCGAAAAAGACUUAUCGGUGUGCCGAUUGCGACAUCAGCUUCAAUAACGAGAACUCGUAUUAUGAUCAUUUUAAAUUGCAGCACUCUGAUGACUGCGCCAUGUGCAAAUACUGUGGCCUCAAAUUCUUGUCCAAGUACCGUUUGAAACGUCAUAUGUCGAAACACGACGGUACACCGUACUACCUCGUGAGAAGAAACGCAGAGCUUAUUAUUAAGCAUACAACGGCUUAUCCGUUUCGCGUGAAUCUCAAGUCAUUCCGAUGCGUUUACUGUGGCGACUUGAUAGAUGACCCCGAAGAAUUUAGGGCGCACAUGUCCCGGGAACACCAAACAUUCACACUCAACAUGGCCUUCGUCAAAUUACCCAAAACGGAAUCUGUCAAAGCCGACAUAGCUGAUCUAAAAUGUCGUAUAUGUAACUACCACUUCUCUAGUCUCCUAGAAAUAGCGAAACACUUAAAAGAGACGCAUAAUAAAUCCGUUAACCCCGAUGCUGACUUGGGAGUCAUGCCGUAUAUGUUAGAAAAGGAUAGAUGGAAAUGCGCUGUAUGCGAAAAGAGUCUGCCUUCACUUUUGCACUUAAACAAGCAUACCAUCACGCAUUUUCAAAGUCACAUAUGCGAAAUAUGUGGAAAGAGCUACAAAGCUUCUACGGGGCUAGUGCAACAUAUAAGAGCUAAACACGACGAAACCAAUAAAGCGUUUUGCAGACGCUGCCAAACUGUGUUCCCUUCGAUGGAAGCAAAAGCUGUGCACCAAAGGACGGAGAAGCGUUGCAUGAUCCAUUGCUGUUUAGAAUGCCCUGAGAGAUUUCCAAGUUGGGAGACUAAACAGAAACAUAUGGUGGAGACGCACGGUAUGGAGAAAAAGACGUAUCGUUGCACAAAUUGCGAUUGGGUGUGCGAGGAUCGUAGGGCGUUUUAUGAUCAUUUCAAGUUGCGACAUUCGCAGGAUUGCCUUUUGUGUAUUCACUGUGGUCUUAAGUUUGCCACCCCUUCGAGAUUGAAUAGACAUUUGGAAAAACAUGUGUCCUAA